AUGGGGCUCCUGUCGGGAGAGGCACUGGCGCCCCUGGCCGUGGCUGUGGCCAUCUUCCUGCUCCUCGUGGACCUGAUGCACAAGCGCCCACGCUGGGCUGCCCGCUACCCGCCGGGCCCCGUGGGCAUACCUGGCCUGGGCAACCUGCUGCAGGUGGACUUCCGAGGCAUCCCGAACUGCUUCCGUCAGCUGCGUCGCCGCUAUGGGGACGUGUUCAGCCUGCAGCUGGCCUGGACGCCUGUGGUUGUGCUCAAUGGGCCGGCGGUGAUUCGGGAGGCACUGGUGACUUAUGGCGAGGACACCGCGGACCGCCCUCCAGCACACACUUUGGAGCCCCUGGGAUUCGGGCCCCAUGCCCAAGGGGUGGUAAUGGCGCGCUAUGGCCCAGCGUGGCGCGAGCAGCGCCGCUUCUCUGUCUCCACACUGCGCAACUUCGGCCUGGGCAAGAAGUCGCUGGAGCAGUGGGUGACCGAGGAAGCCACCUGCCUCUGUGCCGCCUUUGCCGACCAUGCCGGAUGCCCCUUUAGUCCCAGCAUGCUCCUGAACAAAGCUGUGUGCAACGUGAUCGCUUCACUCACCCACGGGUGCCGCUUUGAGUAUGACGACCAUCGCUUAACCAGGCUGAUGGACCUGACACAGACCAUAUUAAAAGAGUCGACUGGGAACUUGCCGCAGGUGCUGAACGUGAUCCCCAUACUCCUGCGCAUCCCGGGGUUGGUGGACAAGGUCUUCCGUGGGCAGAAGGCUUUCAUGGCUCUGCUGGAUGAGCUGGUGACCGAGCACCGCAUGACACGCGACCCAGCCCAGCCUCCCCGGGACCUGACGGACGCCUUCCUGGAUCAGGUGGAGAAGGCCAAGGGAAACCCUGAGAGCAGCUUCAAUGAUGACAACUUGCGCUUGGUGGUCACUGACCUGUUUGCUGCCGGCAUGGUGACCACAUCGAUCACACUGUCCUGGGCCCUCCUGCUCAUGAUCCUGCACCCGGAUGUGCAGCGCCGGGUCCAGCAGGAGAUCGAUGAGGUCAUAGGGCCGGCGCGGCGACCAGAGAUGGGGGACCAGGCGCGCAUGCCCUACACCACCGCUGUGGUUCACGAGGUGCAGCGCUUCGCUGAUAUCAUCCCGCUGGGGGUGCCUCACCAGACAUCGCGGGACAUUGAGGUGCAGGGCUUCCUCAUCCCCAAGGGCACAGUGCUGUUCACCAACCUGUCAUCGGUGCUGAAGGACGAGGCCGUCUGGGAGAAGCCCUUCCGCUUCCACCCGGGACACUUCCUGGACGCCCAGGGCCGCUUCGUGAAGCAGGAGGCCUUCAUGCCUUUCUCCGCAGGCCGCCGCGCGUGCCUUGGGGAGCCCCUGGCCCGCAUGGAGCUCUUCCUCUUCUUCACCUGCCUGCUGCAGCGCUUCAGCUUCUCGGUGCCCGUGGGACAGCCCCGGCCCAGCGACCAAGGGGCCCCUGCUACCCUGGUGACCCCGGCCCCCUACCAGCUGUGUGCUGUGGCCCGCUAG